UUUUUUUUAAAAAAAAAAAAAAAAAUCAUUUUUUGUUGUCGUUGUCUUUCUUUUGCUUUAAUAUGAAAAAUAUACUUUUGACGUUUAUAAUAUGGAUAAGUUGGGUUACUGCGUAUCCUAGUGCACCAGGAACAGUAAUUGCAACAUGAAUAAGAUGGCGACAAUAGGGCAUGGACCUUCUAAAUCAACCUGUCCAGAUUGUUAUGGUGUAAAGAUAUCAACUGAUUCGCCGUCACUUGUCAAUAUACAUUUGACAGGUCGGUAUGCAUAUCAAGGGAUUGUUUUACUUGUUAAAGAUAGAUACACAAAUAAAACAGUGGGGGAAUUUCAAGAUUUUGACGAGACUUUAUUCACUGCAGUAGCCUGUGAUGAUGAUGAAGAUGAAGAAGAUCAAAUUGAGCCUGAUUCAACUGCAGUCUUGGGACAUAUUGAUGCUAAACUAAAAGAUUGGCCCGUCAAUGUAGGUUGGAACAUGGAAGCAAUAAAACCAGUAACUGAAUUGAAAUUACAAGGGAUGGUAGUUGUAAAGUUUAAUAUAUUACAUGUAUAUAUGUUUUCAAGUUGAUUGAUUAUAUAUGAUAUAGCUUGAUUAUGAUAAUUUCCAUUUGAUUCCAGAAACAGAGUUUAAAAUAAUUAGAAAAAUAGUAAAACAGCAUGCUACCACAACGACUAUUCUUCCUUCGAACACCUUGGAAGAACUACCGGUUAUUGCUACUCAAACUACAAUUGAAAUAGAACAUGGAGCAGAAACAGUUGUGAAACAGGAAUCAAACAUAUUAUUUAUGUGGGUGUUUACCAUUUUUUUAUUUAUUUAUUUUUCCAUGUCCAUAUGCUAUCGUCAAUUAUCUAAACACCGUUUAAUGACAAAGAAGCGUACUGCUUCUUCCUUAUUACAACAACCAGAUGACAUUUUACUUGUUGCAACGAAUAAUACAAAAGAUUGUUAAAUCUAUUUUUAUUAUUAUUAUUAUAAAUAAAACGAAAAAUGAUUACACUAAUUAUAAUAAUAGACAAUAUUUAUUUGAAUCGUU